CAGUACAGGAUAACAACAACAACAUGGCAGAGAGUGAAAGGGAGCAGUUUGAAGAUGAAGAUGUGGAAGAAGACACCCCUUUGGAGAAAAGGAAAAAGCUGUUCUCUAAAGAAUUACGAUGUAUGAUGUAUGGGUUUGGAGAUGACCAGAAUCCCUACACUGAAUCGGUUGACCUACUGGAAGACCUAGUCAUAGAGUACAUCUCUGAGAUGACGAAAAAAGCUCUGGAGACGGGCAGAACAGGUCGCAUUGCUGUUGAAGACAUUAUCUUCCUGAUCAGAAAGGAUCCCAAAAAAUACUCCAGAGUGAAAGAGUUAUUGACCAUGAAUGAGGAACUGCGUAAGGCCAGGAAGGCUUUUGACGAGAUCAAGUAUGCCACAACAAAGUGAAGUGCUCCAGGAACAUCACACAGGAAGUUCCUCAUUUCUCAGACAUCUGUCCGUGUUGUGGAGGAAAUGUCUGGGUAUUGAUGAAGUCACCAAAAUGGAUUGUGUGAGAGAUAGGCUGUUGAAUUAUUGUGGUUUGAUCAGAGUGGAGAUGCUCCCCACAUGAAUUAUCAUCUCAGAGAGGGAAAUUCCUGAUAAGAUGAUGUGGUACUGUGAACUAUGGUCAUCAGAGGAAAGACGUUUUGCCUUGUUGUCAAAAAAUAUUUUCUUUUUUUUUUCCACUGUUGUCUCACAUGUGAACAGUACUGUACAGACUUAGAUCUGUUGAACAUAUUUCCAUAAGUCGGAGCACAUGUAAACCUGGCCAGCCUUUUCUAGCAUCAUAAUCUCCAAUUAUCUUGGCACGGAAUGCCACGUUGACUUAAAAAUUUUGACUCAUGACAAAGUUAAUCAGUUUGGCAGCGAAACCCGUCUUCACGCAGUAUAUAAGUAUGUAAUAUUAAAAGUCAUUUGGGAGGCCUAGCUGGUUCAGACUUUGUAAAGCGCUGUCACAUUAUAUUUGGCCCGUGACCAAUUAGGUGGCAAGCUCGAAUCCAGGGCUGUUACUAUGGUUGUGGCUUUAGGCCACAAGAUUGUCUGGAACCUUGUGAAAUCUGCUGGUUUACUCCAGACACUCCGAUUUUCUCCACCAUAAACCUGACCAACAUCGUAUAAAUGAAAAAUUCUUGAGUAUGGUGUUGAAACUUUUCAACCAUCAGGUGGACCAGUGUUCGGGUUACAGAUUGUGAGUGUGAUUUUGAGGUCAAUGCCUGAAAAGAGGAGAUUCUAAAAACUGAUUUCCACACCGUAAGAAUGUGUGUUAUACAAAUCACAUACUGUAUAUCGUUAACUCUGCAAACCUCUGAAGUACUUCUUUUAGUGGAAGUUAUGCAUACACUGAUUAUGAAAAUGAUGCUAACAAUGAUUUGUUUGUAUCAUUAAAGUAUCCGGCUUUAUAAAACUGUGAAAAUUAUUUCGCUACACCCUGUAGUUCUCCCAGAAUGUUUCAAAAUAUUGCUUGCAGAGAUGGUUGAAAAAGGUGAAGAAUUAAGGUAUACAUCUAUUUGCACUACCAUAUUUUAGACUUUCUGUAUGAGUAGAGCAACGUAGAAAUAGCUGGUGAAUGCCUGAAGUAGAAUCACUCUUUUCCAUCUUGAUGUGCCAGAAAUUUGAAAAGUAACUGUAAGUGUGUAUCAGUUGGAUAGCACAACAAUGUCAGAUCCAGUC